CGAAGCAGUUUUUCGCCAAAGCCUCGACCAAGGAAGGUCAGUCCAUCAUGAGGGAGAUGAAACACCCCUUUGAUGACGAGGCCCCCCUGGCUAGAACUACAGAUGAAAUAUGCAGCUACGUCAGACUGUUCUACUCCAAGCUGCUCACUACGGAGAAGAACGUCGACGAGCCUCUUGUAGAUCCCGAGUAUGAGGACACACUGUGGGGCAACUUUACCACUCGGAUUCCUCCUCCCACCCGAAUGGAACUAGAUGAAAAGAUCACCCUGCCAGAACUCACUCGAGCGCUUAACAGUAUGGCUACAGGAAAGUGCCCUGGACAGGAUGGUCUUCCAACUGAGUUCUACAACAAGUUUUGGACUAUCUUUGGCCCUUUUCUUCUCCGAAUCUUCAACGAAGUAUUAGAUGGGUACAAGCUAGGAAAGGGCAUGAUGGAGGGAGCUAUCUCCCUCCUACACAAGAAGAAUGAUAAAUCCGAAGUCCGCAAUUGGCGCCCCAUCACUCUGCUGAAUGCUUCAGGAAAAAUUAUGGCCAAAGUCCUGUCCCUAAGAAUUCGGAAGAUAAUCCCCUCCUUGAUCCAUCCAGACCAAUCUGGUUUCGUUGCAGGCAGACAAGUCUUGGACAACAUAAUGACGAUUGCCCAAGUCAUUGAAAUAAUUAAAACCAGAAAAUCUGAUGAGGUCCUACUGCUAAUUGACUUUGAGAAAGCAUAUGACAGGGUGGAUUGGCAAUUCACCCUGGAAGUACUUGACAGACGAGGAUUUGGUCCCAAUUUCAUACGCUGGGUUACUUUCUUGUACCAGGACUCGCAGGCCUCAGUCAUCAUCAACGGCAAGAAGUCUGAACCCUUCGUGCUCACUCGCUCGCUAAGACAAGGUUGUCCGCUGGCACCCUUGCUKUACGUKUUUCAGCAAGAAGUGUUGCUCAACAUGAUUAGAUGUUCCAAUGACAUCAAGGGUCUCAAGUUGGAUUCCGAACAUGAGAUCAAGGCCUCUGCACUCGCUGAUGAUUUAUCUGUCAUAUCUGAAAACUCUGAGUCUUCACUUAGAGCYAUAUCCCAGUGUCUGUCAAUCUUUGAGAAAGYCUCCGAGGCUAAAGUCRACUGGCAGAAAUCUGUAGUCUUGUCACGCAACAAUGAUCCGCUGGCCUUAGACUUGGGUCUGGAAAUCAGAAAUAACUCUGACUCUGAGAGAUUCCUCGGGGUUGAGAUUUCCUUCUCCRACUGCCAACUWAGGCAAAACACGAUAUUGGAAGAUAAASKGCWUAGUAGACUGACCAAAUGGUCCUCAUUCUGGUCGAUCUCACUAUUCGGAAGAGCAUUAGUGAUCAAUGCUGCCGUCCUAUCUGUUCUGUGGUAUGUCCUCUCCAUAAGACCGAUAGGCCCAUCCUCUGCUAAGAGGAUUCGGAAAGCCACCACCAAGUAUCUGUGGAAGGGCACUGUGGAAUGCAAUAGUGUCCUUCCCAAGGUAGCCUGGUGGAAACUUGUUCAGAAACGUAACAAGGGAGGCUUGGGAAUCCUGRACCCUCUUAUCCAGAACCAAGCCCUCUUGUGCAAAUGGGUGGUCCGGGGCAUGUUGGAGACAGAUAGGAAACCGUGGAUACUACUGGCGGAACGGAUUUUGGCACAAGAAUGGGGUCUCUCGAGACCCUCAGAUGUAUGGAUUUGCAUUCUGCUACAGCCAUUCCUGAACAAGAGGACCAAGUCAGAAACUUGGGCCCCAAUCAUCAGAGCCUGGAAGUCUAUCCUUCCAACUCUAAUCAAAGAGCCGACAGCUAGGGAUGAAGUCUUACUUCAGCCAAUCUUCGAAAACCCUUUCAUCYGAACGGAGGAAGGUAGCCCCAUUAGAAUUUCUGAGGGAAACACCGGUUUUGGUCUUCGAUGGGCUCAGAAAGGUAUUACCCAGAUUCGGGACCUCUGGGAUGAGGAAAAGAAGGUUUGGAAGGAGCAAAGGGAGAUCGAGGUCAUACUGAAUGGUGUGCAGAACAUCCAUGACUGCUUGUUUCUCAUCAAACAGGCCGUACCCGACAAAUGGAUCAACUUACUCCGAAAUGAUCCCUUUCAGAAAGGAAUGUCGGUGGUCGUGGCUGAUGAGCCCCGAUACUACUGGCUCAUUGAAGAAGUUUUGGACGAUGACCUCUUGAGAUGCUCCAAGUGGACGGAAGGCAGGCACGAUCUCAAAAGAGCAGGGAAUGCCGAACAAGAAGAGGAAAGUAACCCUGCAAACCCUGCUGCGGUGGUGCUAACCACCCCAAAAUUACGCUGUCUACAAACCUCUGCAGACUGAUUCGCGUCCGACAGUCUACCAAGCAAUCUGUCGAAGGUGGAGAGGCCAAAUACUCGGAUAUGGUGGGGAUGGUAAGAAUUUUGGGAAUGUGGGUUCUAUGGAGAGAAAGGAAUGAAGCUCGCUUCAAAGG